AAACUUUUCAAGUUCAAUUUUCGGUGUAAAAUUCAAAAUUAGGGCUAAAUAAUAUACUUUCCGGUAUCUGCAGCGGCGAUGCCGCCGGCGCCGGAGCUAUUCGAGAACACAAUGAGUUUGGUGAAAGGGGCUUCGAAAUCGUUCACGGCGCUGCUCCUCUCGCUGAUGAGAUCCGCACACUGGGACAUAGCCGCCGCCGUGAGAUCCAUCGAAGCCGCCUCAUCCGCGUUCGCCGCAACGGCGGGCGCGAUAAUCGGAACGAAUUGCGCGAAGUACGCCUUGGAGUCGUAUGUGAACCGGAAAAUGUUCCAAGGGUUCAACCACGAGACGUUCUACACGGACGGCGGCCUCUCCUUCGUAGCCGACCCGGAACAGCACCGCCAAGGCUGUUACACACACUACCGGGACAUGAAGGCGAUGGAUCCGGCGGAGCUGCUGGGGAUACUCCCAAAUUGCAGCUUCGAAAACUUCUGCUUCAAGAAAUGUUUGUUGAAGCACUCCACACAUCUUUUUUAUGUAAAAUUAAACUAAAAGGAGCAAUAACCUUCUAUUUGGUUUUUUGUUUUUGUGUAAAAAUCAAACAAAAAAACCAAAGCUAACACUACAUAUUUUUAUUGUUUCAUCGAGUUAGUGUUUUAUAAUUUUUUAAUGCUUAUAAAUUUCUACUUUUAUAAACCGAAAAAACCGGAAAAAAAACCGUAAAAAACCGAACCGAAUAACAAACGGUUUUCAUAUUU